AUGUCUGUUCGAACUCGUAGGCAGUUGACAAGAAGUUCACCGAAAGAAAUACGAACACCGAGAUAUCACGAGAUAAUCGAUAAUACUGGAAUGAUGGCUUUUUUCUCUGAAAAAACGCUAGAAGAACUCGAAGUCGAUUUAAAAAUGGCAGAAAAAGGAACUCAUCCAUAUUUAAUAUCUUGUCAAGACGAAUUCGAAGAAAAAAUGCAAGAUUCACUAGAAAGAACAGAAAUCUCCAAUACGCUAACAAAGCAACUUUUAAAAGAAGAAUAUGAAAUGCAAUUAGCACAAAUCAGUAAAGACACUGAUGAAAAACUGAGAAAUAUGCGGGCGGAGAUGGAAAAGGAUUUGGAAAUGUUGGAAAAAAGAACGGAAAUGGAAUAUUCCUGUUUGGAAAUCAACAAACCGACAACUUCAAAUCAUAUUGACGUGACCAAAAAGACGUUAAGAGGACGAGGAGGUGGAACUCUAAUCGAACCGCCGACAUAUUUCAACGCAACUCCACGAGCACCGGUGCCGGCUGCAAUUACAGCCAAUUAUUUACUACCUGACCAUGAAGUACUCAAAGAUUUGAACGCGAUUUUCUCAAAUUCAGCGAGUAUAACAUCAAGGAGUCAAAAAUUGUAUGAUGUCCAUUUACAAAAGAUGAAAUUCGUUUACGAGGGAAAAUCGUACAAACAAGGCGAAGAAGUGUAUGUAGAAAACGACGAAUACGGAAAAAUCCCGGCGAAAGCGGAAAAUAUUACUGAUUCUGUAGUGUUUUUCCGCGCAACUCAGAGUUGGGAUAUAAGACAGGUACACGCAUCAUUAUCGGAUCUCAUUGAAGGACGUGUGAAAGUGUAUAAAAAGAAGAAUAAUUAG